AUGCUCCUCGGUGACCUCGGAGCAGAGGUAAUCAAGAUUGAGCAGCCCGGUACAGGAGACGAAUCUCGAAAUUUUGGUCCCUUCAAAAACGGGUUUAGCCUCUAUUUCAUGAGCGUGAAUCGUGGAAAAGCAGAGCGUGACGCUCAACUUAAAACUGAACGUGGGCAGGCAAUAUUCAAGCAGUUGUUGAAGCAGACCGAUGUUCUUGUUGAGAAUUUCCGUCCGGGGACGAUGAAAAAAUUGGGGUUGGACUACGACUCGCUGAAAGUCGAGCAUCCAUCGCUUAUCUACGCCGCGUGCUCCGGUUUCGGACAGACCGGUCCCUAUGCCGAGCAAGGUGCUUAUGACAUGAUUAUCCAAGGCAUAGGCGGCAUCAUCAGCAUCACAGGUGAACCGGGGGGACCCCCAGUGCGUGUUGGCACCUCUAUUAGCGACAUCACGGCUGCCCUCUUCACGACAAUCGGUGUCCUUUCCGCAUUGCACCAUCGGAAUCGGACAGGGAGUGGACAGUUUGUCGAUGUUGCCAUGUUAGAUAGUCUUGUUGCUGUCUUGGAAAACGCCGUUGUCCGCUAUUUUGCUACGGGCGAACCGCCUAAACCCUUGGGGGCAAGACACCCCGCAAUUACACCGUUUGAAGCGUUUGUCUCUGCGGAUGGACACGUCAUUAUCGCAAUCGGAAACGAUACGCUCUGGGCAAAGUUCUGUGAACAUGUCAAUCGGCAGGAACUCAUUACAGAUAAGCGGUUUCCGAACGAAUGCCGAUCGAACGGAGAACCAUAG